AUGGCGUCCAGAGCAGCAGCGGCCAUCGCCGUCCUGGCCUUGGUCUGCGCCGCCGUCCACUCGUCGGAGGGCCAGCUCUCACCCAACUUCCACGCCGCGACGUGCCCGGACCUGGAGCACAUCGUGGAGUUCCACGUCGCCGAGACGUUCCGCCGCGACGUGGGCGUGGCGCCGGCGCUCAUCCGCAUCCUCUUCCACGACUGCUUCCCGCAGGGCUGCGACGCGUCCGUGCUGCUCAAGGGCGCCGGCAGCGAGCUCAAUGAGGUCCCCAACCAGACCCUCCGCCCCGUGGCGCUGGACCUCAUCGAGCGCAUCCGCGCCGCCGUGCACAGCGCCUGCGGGCCCACCGUCUCCUGCGCCGACAUCACCGUGCUCGCCACCCGCGACUCCCUCGUCGAGGCCGGCGGGCCGCGCUUCGACGUCUCCCUCGGCCGCCGCGACGCCCUCGCCCCGGCGUCGUCCGCUCUCGUCGGCCUCCUGCCGGCGCCCUUCUUCGACGUGCCGACCCUCAUCUCCUCCUUCAGCAACCGCAGCCUGGACGUGGCCGACCUGGUGUCCCUCUCCGGCGCGCACACCUUCGGCGUCGCCCACUGCCCGGCCUUCGAGGACCGCUUCAAGCCGGUGUUCGACACCAACCCGGCCAUCGACUCCAAGUUCGCCACCUCUCUCCGGAACAAGUGCGCUGGGGACAACCCCGCCGGCACCCUGACCCAGAACCUCGACGUCCGCACCCCGGACGCCUUCGACAACAAGUACUACUUCGACCUGAUCGCGAGGCAGGGCCUGUUCAAGUCGGACCAGGGCCUCAUCGACCACCCCACCACCAAGCGCAUGGCCACCCGCUUCUCGCUCAACCAGGGCGCCUUCUUCGAGCAGUUCGCCCGGUCCAUGACCAAGAUGAGCAACAUGGACCUCCUCACCGGCAACAAGGGCGAGAUCCGGAACAACUGCGCCGCCCCCAACAGGCGUGUCCAGGAUAUCGAGACCGCCACCACCGGCGACGAGGGGAUCGCCGCCGACAUGUGA